AUCUUUCCCCUUUAAUAAACAAGAUAUUUUAUUCGGAUUUCGGCCCCUCAUCAUUAUCCAUAACAAAAAUAUAAGAAAAAUAAGAAAUCGAACCACUUUUGCUUUGGCGUUCAUAACCAAUCUGCAAACAACUCUCUAUAAUUAGUACUUCAUCCCGACGUUCAUAAAAUCACCUCAACCAAAACUUGUCUCUCAUCACCAUAAUCAAACAGCAGCGAUGCAAUACGUGGACAAGGCAAAGGAUUUCGUCGCCGAUAAGGUGGCGGACAUAGAGAAGCCGUCGGCGUCCGUGGACGACGUAGAUCUGAAGCACGUCGGCCGCGACGGCAUCACCUAUCUCGCGAAGGUCACCGUCGUCAAUCCCUACGGCGUCUCCGUUCCCGUCGGCGAAAUCACCUACACUCUCAAAAGCGUCGACAGGGUUAUCGCGUCGGGGAACAUACCGGAUCCGGGAUCGCUGAAGGGGAACGACAAGACGAUCCUUGAGGUGGGGAUGAAGGUUCCGCACAGUGUGUUGGUGAGCUUGAUCAAGGACAUCGGCGCCGAUUGGGACGUGGAUUACACCGUCGAGAUCGGAAUAGUCGUGGAUCUUCCCGUGUUUGGGAAUUUCACGAUUCCGCUCACGCACAAGGGUGAGAUGAAAUUGCCGUCUCUCAAGGACUGCGUUUAGAAUGUUUAUUGCAACCCGCCCUUCUACUUAAUUAACUAUUCUCUACCCAAUUUGGAUAAGUAUAUGUAUUAAGCUGUGUAUUGUGAUUAUCAUAUGAAUGUUGUCUUGUAUUACAAAAUAAAGCUACUCUCCUUCGUGUUAUAAAAUAGUGUUGCUAAUAA